UAGAUAGAAUUUCUAAAAAAAUACAUUUUUUUAUUACAAAAGAAUAUGUCUAUUCGUAGAGAUUUCCUUACUGCACAAGCACCAGAGAAUUAUGUUGCUGGUCUUGGAAGAGGUGCAACAGGAUUUACUACGAGAUCUGAUCUUGGACCUGCUCGUGAAGGACCUUCAGAGGAUGCAAUCAAAGCAGCUUUAGCAAGACGAGCAGCAGCUCAAGAUCCGUUCAGAUUUUCUAGUUUUCAAGAUUCUAGUGAUGUAAAGGAUGAUGAAGAUGAUGAUCAAUACCAGGAUCCGGAAAAUGAAUAUUGUCUCUUUGCCGGUGCUCCCUAUGAUGCGGACGAUGAAGAAGCAGAUCGUAUAUGGAGUGAAGUAGACCAAAAAAUGGCACAAAGAAGGAAAUCUCGUAGGGAAGCUAGAGAGCGCGAGGAAGCAGAACGUCUUAUGGAAAGGCCAAAAGUUCAAGAUCAAUUUGCAGACGUUAUACAAGGAUUAAGUACAAUAACAGAUGAUGAAUGGCUAAAUAUCCCUAAUGUUGGUGAUUUAACUGGGAAAAAAAGAAAAAAAAUUAAUCCGCGAGAAAGAUUUUAUACAAUUCCUGAUUCUCUUAUCUCUCGCGCCAGCCAGAUAGAACAAUUAGAUACUAGUAUUGAUGUUACAGAAACAGAUGCAGAUUUUAAUGAUGGGAAAAUGACUAAUUUUGCAGAAAUUGGCGCUGCAAGAGACAAAGUUCUUGGAUUGAAAUUAGACCAGAUAUCAUCUGAUUCUGUUACCGGGCAAUCUACUGUAGAUCCACAGGGAUAUUUAACAUCAAUGAAUUCUAUGGCUUUAAAAAGCAAUGCCGAAUUGGGAGACAUCAAGCGAGCACGUUCUUUAAUGCAAUCUCUGAUAAAGACAAAUCCAAAUUCUGCUGCAGGAUGGAUGUCUGCUGCUCGUGUAGAAAUUGUAGCUGGGAAAUUACAACAGGCAAGAAAUAUUAUUGCUAAAGGUUGCGAAAAUUGCCCUACAAAUGAAGAUAUUUGGAUUGAAGCUGUUGGUCUUAAUAAUGUUCAGACAGGAAAAAUAAUUAUAGCAGAAGCGGUGCGACAUAUUCCAAAUUCUGUAAGACUAUGGCUCCAAGCGAUAAAUUUAGAAACAGAUAUUGAGUCAAAAAAAAGAGUUACCCGAAAGGCUAUUGAUAUUAUACCAUAUUCCGUUAAGCUUUGGAAAGAGGCAGUAAAUUUGGAAGAAGAUCCUGGAAAUGCUAAAAUUUUACUUGCAAGAGCCACUGAACUUAUUCCUUUAUCGACUGAAUUAUGGCUUGCUCUUGCACGUUUAGAAACAUAUCAAAAUGCCAAGAAGAUUUUAAAUAAAGCGCAAAAUACUAUUAAAACUAGCUAUGAAAUUUGGAUUGCUGCUGCUCGUUUAGAAGAACAACAGGGAAAUGAUCCUGAUAAAGUUAUAGCAAAUGCAUGUCGUCGCCUUAAACAAAAUGGCGGAAUGUUAACAAGAGAACAAUGGCUAGCAGAAGCAGAAAAAUCUGAAAAAGAUGGUGGUAUUAAGACUGCACAGGCUAUUAUUAAAGCAAUUUUGGAUCAAGACUUAGAUGAGGAGAGUAAAGAAUCAACAUGGAUUAAUGAUGCACAAAAUGCACUUUCUCAUGAAUGUUUUGAAUGCGCGCGUGCAAUAUACGCAUAUGCAUUAAAAGUAUUCCCGAAAAAUGAAUCGAUAUGGAGAAAGGCUAUUUCACUUGAAAAAUCGCAUGGAAGUGUCGAAUCAGUACAAGCUAUUUUGGAAAAAGCUUUAGAAGAAUGCCCGCAAGCAGAAGUGAUUUGGUUAAUAUAUGCAAAAGAAAAAAAGAAUUUGGGCGAUAUACAAGGAGCUCGUGACAUUCUUGAAAGAUCGUUUUUGCAUAAUCCUAAUUCUGAAGAAAUCUGGCUAGCAGCCGUAAAACUAGAAUAUAAUAACGAUGAAAAUGAUAGGGCUAGAGCAUUGUUAAGAGUUGCAAGACAAGAGGCUAACACAGAACGUGUUUGGGUAAAGUCAAUUACAUUUGAACGUCAAUUUAAAAAUAUGGAUGUCGCUCUUUCUCUUGUAAAUGAAGCAUUAACAUUAUUUCCAAAUUGUAGUAAAUUUUGGAUGAUGAAAGGACAAAUAUAUGAAGAUUUGGGUGAAGUUACAAAAGCUAGAGAAACAUAUCAAACGGGAACAAAAUCUGUUCCAAAAUCUGUUCCUUUAUGGAUUCUUCUCUCGAGAUUGGAAGAAAAUACAGGAAGAAUUGUUAUUGCACGAGGUAUACUGGAUCGUGCUCGAUUUUUGUGUCCUCAAACGCCUGAACUUUGGGUUGAAUCUAUAAAAUUAGAACUGAGAACAAAUAAUAUAAAUCAAGCAAAAUCCAAUAUUGCUAAAGCUCUUCAAGAGUGUCCAACAAGCGGACUCGUAUGGUCAGAAGCAAUAUGGAUAGAAUCUAGAUCUCAAAGAAAAACUAGAUGUGCAGAUGCCUUAAGAAAAUGUGAAGAUGAUCCUUAUAUACUUACUACUGUAGCAAGAAUGAUGUGGAAUGAACGAAAGAUAGCUAAAGCUAAAAUAUGGUUUCAAAGAGCUAUUAAAUCUAAUCCUGAUAUUGGUGACACAUGGGCAUGGUACUACAAAUUUGCAUUACAGCAUGAACCUGUAGAAGCACAGCAAUCUCUUAUUUCGGAAUGCGUAGCCGCAGAGCCAUCACAUGGGGUGGUUUGGCCUACAGUUUCAAAAAAUAUACGAAAUUCUAAAUUUACCAUAGAAGAAAUAUUGAAAAAUGUUGCAGAAAAAAUUUCUUAAACAUUUUAGUUUUUUUAUAAAUUUGCCUUAAAAGCU